GUCCUCCUCUUCUGGUCAGGUUAGCACCACCGUUAGCUUCACUGAGAGGCUUGGCAGUCAUGAGACAGAUGCAGUAGCGGUGCACACAGCAUUAUGGACCAGGGCAGGAGUUGAUCUCAAAGGUGUGUGUAAGCGGAUCUGCUCAAAGGUCAUAUUGGGGACGUCUGAGUGUUUUGGGGGUGAUGCCUCGUCACGACGUGGAGGCGAGGGAGCCGCUUCUCACCAGGGAACACCUGAAGCCAAAUGAGCUGGAAUCCGAUGAAGGUGAAAUCAUUUUCGACAGGAGUUCAUCAAACCUCCCACGGGACGCUGGUGAGAGCUCACAGAGAAGAUUAACAUAUGAGGAAGCAGUAGAGGAAGCAGGGUUUGGGUUGUUCCACUGGCUGCUGUUGGUGGUAUGUGGUUGGGCCAAUGCCAGCGAUGCCGUGGAGAUUCUCUGUGUGUCUUUCCUCCUGCCGACGGCGCGCUGCGAUCUGCUGCUCAGCUCCUCAGACAUGGGCCUGCUGACUGCCAGCAUCUUCCUCGGAAUGAUGGUGGGGGGCUACAUGUGGGGGUACCUGGCUGACCAGAGGGGGCGGCGCCGGGUCCUGGUUGUGUCCCUCACAGUGAACGGGGUGUUUGGAGGUCUGGCCAGCGUGGCCCCCUGGUUCUGGCUCUUCCUGCUGCUGCGGUUCAUCAGCGGCAUCGGUGUCGGCGGGUCCAUCCCUGUCAUCUUCUCCUACUUCUCUGAGUUCAUGCCCAGACGGAGGAGAGGUGCGAUGAUCAGCGCUCUGGCCACCUUUUGGAUGGCAGGCAACAUCCUGGCUGCAGGUCUGGCCUGGUUAGUGAUCCCAAGGACCUGGGCUCAUUUCUCCCUGGGGUUUCUGGACUUCCAGAGCUGGAGACUGUUUGUGGUUCUCUGCUCUGUUCCCAGCCUCACAUCAGCCCUGAUGUUCAGGCUGCUCAUGCCUGAAAGCCCCAAGUUCCUCAUGGAGGCUGGCCAGGAGAAAGAGGCGCUCCAUGUUUUCAAGGUGAUAUUUAAGCUGAACAUGCGGGGAAAGGGAAAGUCUUUACCGGAAUUUGGUUUAUGCAUCAACUCCAAGAAAAGAUCUGAACAGGAGGAGACCGGACCCCACGGUUCACAACGAGAGAGACUUUGCUGUAUUGUGAAAAAGGCCAUGAUGCCCAUCAAGCAGAUGUUUAACGGUUCGCUCAGAUCCAGGAGUUUCGCUCUGCUCAUCAUCUUCUACUGUAUCUCCUUUGGUUACUACGGGCUGUGGAUGUGGUUCCCAGAGUUGUUUAACAGGAUAGAGAACGGCGGCUCGCCCUGUGCCAACACCUCUCUGUCGUCUCUGCUCCACAACCAGAGCUGCUACCCGGUCAAAACAGCAGUGUACAUGGAGGGCUUCAUCGUCGCUGCUUCAAACUUACCAGGAAACAUCUUCACCAUCCUCAUCAUGGACACCAUGGGAGGAAAGGCUCUACUGUCCGUCAGCCUGAUGGUGUCCAGCAUCAGUGUCUUCUUCAUCUACGUGGUGCAGACCAAAGCCCAGAGUCUUCUUCUCUCCUGCAUCUUCAGCGGGGUGUCGGUGAUCGCCUGGAACUCUCUGGAUGUGCUGGGAACUGAGCUCUACCCGACACAGAUGAGGUCCUCCGCUCUGGGUUUCUUCACAGGAGUGGGCCGAGUCGCUGCCAUCAUGGGGAACAUAGCCUUUGGAAUGCUGGUGGACUCAAACUGUGCCGUGCCCAUCCUGCUGGUGUCCGCUCUGCUGCUGACCGGAGGGCUGGUGGCUCUGCUGCUGCCUCAGACCAAACACUCCGAGCUCACCUGAAGGAUCAGUGUCUUUAUAGGAAUACGUUAUUAGAAAACACCCUCUGAAAGUUAUUAUAGUGAGUAGACAGGAGGAGGCUGCUUUAUCCUGGUUCUGCUCCCAGAGGACGUUUAUAUCCUGUGCCUUCUGUCAUUUCGCUGUGCCUUCUGGAGCUGCCUUAUUGAAAAGAGACAGUAUUUAUGAGAGUUUGAGAGGAUCACAAAUCCUUACCAGAAGUGAGUCCGAGUAUGAAGGAAACUUUUAAAAAGUGUCAAAAAGUCUCCAAAGAUUCUAGGUGGAUCAUGAUGUUUAAUCUCCUGACUUUAAUCAGUGAUUGGAUCAGAGGCUAAUUUCAAAACAGUUGCUUGUUUCUGCAGUCAAUCGGAUCUUUAAAGUAGUUUCAGGUUUACGAGGUGUGUUUAAUUAUCAGGUUAGAACAGUUGUACUAUUAGCUAAGGAUGUCUGAAAUGAAAAACUUCAGCUUCACAAAUCUGUUUUACUUUUUAGUUUACAAUGUGCCUCUCGUGAAUGUUUUAAGGCCAAAUCACUGUGUUUAAAACAGUUCUUUUUUUCAUAAAAUAUACAAUCAUGUUUACAUCUAUGCAUUCAGUAGAUUUUAGAGGCAUCUCAGGAUCAUUCUGGACCCAAUCUGUGAUUUCGCUGCACAUACUGGACCACACCGGUUCAGCAUUCCUGUGGAAAACCCAAAGAUUGCUUAUUUAAUAAAAACAUGUCUAGAUUAAAAAACCUUUAUAUCUGAGUAGCAACAUUGUUUAUAAGCUGGCUGUACUUUGUGACUACUGAAGCAGUUUGAUUUAAAUAAACGCUACUUUUGUUUAUCUCA